AUGGCGAUCAAACCCGUUGAAGAGGAAGUGUUGGAUGAUGAAGAGAUGGAAGAAGAUGAAGAUGAAGAGACAGAAGAUGAUGAAGAGAUACAGCAGUCGCCUUCGGAGAUAAUGUUGGCAAUGAUGAAGAUUUUUCAGCUGCAAAAGAAUACAUCUGAAAGCACAAACAUUUUUAUGCCGCACGACGAAAGCAAGUGA